AUGGACAAAGAGCCCAGACAGUCAGACGUGGACCAGUUCAAUGAAUGCUUCAGACUGGUGAGGGGCUUGGUGGACAUAUGCUGCACGGGACAGGUGAGCUGGCAGCAGCUGUGUUCCUACCUCCUGUUGGAGUACAGCGACAGGUGCAGGGCCUCUGUCCCCGCCGCAGCUCUGCAGGACGCACAGCCCGUGUACAGGCACUGCGCCCACAACCAGAGGGAGCCAACAAUUCGUGUCGUAGCUGUUUUCCAACCCCCUACACUGCGUUACAUUAGUGUCAGUAAAGGUGGUCAGGUCACUGUCUGGAACAAAUGCCUCAACAUCACUAAAACUCUAAAGCUUGCUGGAGAUCCAACAGAGGAAGUGGCUCAUACUAAAAGAUUCCAAGGAUGGGUCACUGAUGCUGUGUACAUGAGGAAUGCACAUAAGGUGGCCAUUUCAACAGACUGCAGGGACAUACACUUUAUCAAUGUCUCCACAACUAAUGCGAUUGAGGACUUCCAUCUGUAUGGUUUUCCAUGUGUCCCUACUGCUAUUUGCUACUGGUAUGAUAUCCAGUAUCCAUUUGAACCAUCAAUGUUGCUAAUAGGUGAUGAAAUGGGAGGGAUUCAUGUGUUGCAGUUUCUAAAUCCAACCAAGCGCCUUUUCAACAACAUGACCAAGAAAGAGAACUGCCUUCAAAGAAUCUAUCUUCAUCAUCUUAGUGACCAUGAGGGAACUGUGUCUUAUCGCUAUAUCUCGAGUGUACACCAAGAUCCAGUCACCAGGAUCAUGUUUGAAAUGUGUACCGCUCUGAUCAUGACUUCUUCAGAGAGUUCUGUUACUUCUGUGGUUUGCGUCAGUAUGUCAGAAAAGCAAAAUCCAUAUAUUUGGAAAAUCAGGGAGGGAGUCAAAUGUUUUGACUACAAUGUGCCUCUGCAGCUGAUUGUGACCGGAGGCAAUGACUGUGCAGUGUGGUUGUGGGCUCGAUAUGUGACCACAUGUCCACUGGCUACACUGCGAGGUCACCACGCUGCACUUAUUGAUGUUGCAAUUUACCAACCUGUGGAACAGAUUUUCAGCUAUUCUAGAGAUGCAGAGCUGAGGAUCUGGGACAUCACCACACAUGAAUGUCUUAAAACCAUCAAGUUACAUUUCCCCUGUCUGCAAGCUGCACAAAUCCCUGAACAUGGCAGCUUCCCAUUCCUGCUUUUAAGUCCCCCUCUUCCUGAUGAGAUGUCGCCUCAUUUACUGGUGGGAUGCAAGGAUUACCUGGCACUGCUCAGUCUGUCAAAUGGACUGAGAGUGGGGAGAGGAGAGGGGUUCACUGAUCAGUCAGGAGAUGGCAGGUCAAAGGUGUCCCUGUCCUGUGCAUUAUACAACCCCACUCUGCAGCAGGUGGUGACUGGCUCCACUGACUCCACAGUGUGUGUGUGGGACCUGGAGACUGGGAGGAAGACACUGCAUAUCUCCAGCGCUCACGGAGAGGGAAGGCUGAGCUGCAUGGCACUAGAUACAUCCCAAAGAAGGCUCAUUACUGGGGCUCAUAAUGGGACAGUUAAGGUGUGGAACUUACUGAAUGGUCUGAACUUGCACAAACUGGAGCCUCUCAACUCUGUGGUCACUGGACUGUUGUGUUUCCAUGGUGAUCACCUGUUCGCUGUUGGUUGCAGACAUUGUAUUGCUGAAUAUGACCUAGUAUCCUCUAAGGAUUUGCAUGUGAAAGCCAGCAGCUCCGGGAAGUUGAGUGAACUCCACAAAUCAGACAUCUGUGCUCUGGCACAUUGUCCUGCUUUGGGCAUUACCGCCACAGCCUCACAAAAAGCAGGGAUCAUUGUCUGGAAGUUGGAAACACAAAUUCCAGUUCUCAGUUUAUGCAAAGAGACAUCCUUGGGAGGUGUCCCCCCGGUGGAUUGCCUCAUAUUCCUCCAGCACCGAGUGGUGAACAGAAGUUUAAGAAACAAAGGCGUGUUAGUGUCAUCACAGGCUGGUGUUGUCUGCUUCUGGAGCGUCACUGGACAAACACAUUCUUAUGGGCAGUUCUUUGCUCCAGACCAGUCGGAUGAAAGUGUUCUCACCCUGAGCUCCAACCAGUCUGAAAACACUGUACUUGUUUCUGGGGACACAGCUGGCUGGCUUCACAUCUGGGACAUCUCUCUCUAUGGACUUGAUAUUCCAAAUGAGACUGUGAGCGAGCUCCCCCCUUUGCUGCACUGCUGGAGGGCACACACAGGAGCAGUGAUAGCUGUGGAAGUCUUAAAGAGGGCUGACAGGCUGUUUAUCCUGUCUGCUUCAGCUGAUGGGUCUGCUGGACUCUGGACACAAGAUGGAGACCAUGUGGGAUCUUUUGGACAGGGAGUGCAGUGGAACCUCACAGAUGCUUGCUCCAUUCAGGCUGAGAGGGACACACAGAGCAGCCUGACCGAAGAGCGCCAUGACAAGCUCCAGAGCCCCAGCCUUGACCCCGGGGACAGUGGUCAAACUUCAGAGAGAGAGCUCUCUGCUGAAGAUUGCCCUUUUGGUGAAUUUGAACAUCAAGGGCCUCAGGCAGUCAUGUCCUUAAAGCAUUUGAAUGACAGCUAUAGCAAGACAAGAUCUUCAUGGAGUGACAGAAGAUUUCUGCUUAAUGACAGUGUUGGCUGUUGAGGCUGCAAAGUAAAAAGGACAGACUUCUUCAGGCAAACUACUGGUCCUUGGCUGAAACAAGAAGGAAACUGAGCUAUCUAUCGAAUGCAGAUAUGUACCACACAUCAACAGCGUGACAUUUUAGAAUUGACAUUUUACCCUACUGUUGGAUAUUAUCUGUAGGGGAAUGCAGAUUUAUGUGCAUACUCAUUUUCAACGAACCCUCCACACACGUCUAAAGAAUUGCACCAAUUACCCAUGAAACUCAGUGCCCUACUUUUGUUUGUUUUUCCUUUUUGAUCCUGAAACAUAUUGAUGUACUUAUUCGUCUCUAACAACUGCACUGUUUUGAAUCAGAAUUGCUGGAAGUAGAGGUUGCCAUUUCGAAUACAGAGAAACAGGACACAUCAGGAGCUUGUGUCACUUGUACCCCCUCAGGCACUGCUCUGAUAACACUGCAUUAUCUUAUUGUGGCUG